AUGGCUGUGGAGACUCGCUAUGAUGUUUGGCGUCGGAUCCUGAAGAUAUUCUGGGCGGUGGUGGUUGGUUACUCCAUGUUUGUGUUGAUCGCCAUCUACCUGUACCAGUUCAAGAGUGUGUCUAGUCUGUUCAGAAAGAUCCUAGGCAUGUCGGAGGAUGGUGUCCGUGACCUUGGUUUGGAGCAGUACGACACAGUGGAGCUGUUUGCACGUAUCAUGCUCCCUGCUGUGUUCCUAUUGGCUUGUAUCCUCCAGCUGCACUACUUCAACUCAGACUUCCUGACCCUCACUGACCUCGACAACGUACCUGUCAGACAGGCUUCCAGAGAGGAAGAGCUCAGGAAUUCAGUCAAUGUGAUAUCUGAGACCAUUAAAGAAAACAUUGAAAAGUUCCAGAAAAGGCUUGUGAAGGAGCAAAUGGGAACUGGGAAAAGUCAGGAGACUCUGGACAGCAUUGGCCUACAAACCUCCUCAGAGAAAGGAUCUGAGGAACAGGAGGAGACAAGCAGUAGUGAGGACAAGUGGGUUAUCAUUGUGGACAGGGCGAGCCUGUUGAUCAUUCAGGCUCUGUCAGGACUGCAGAAGCUCCAGGAGCAGAGCUGGAGACUGCUUGAGCUCCACAGCCUCAAAAUUGUUUCCUCUGGCAUCAUCUGGGUGUCACUGCAAGAGGUUUCUCUGAUGAACUCGCUCUUCCUGGUCCUGUGGGUGUUUGCACUCCCGUUCUCACGGUUACGGCCUUUGGCAUCUAGCAUCUCUGCUGUUUGGGCUUGUGUCAUGGUGGUGUGCAAGAUGUUUUACCAGCUCAAAGUUAUCAAACCCCUCGAUUACUCCUCCAACUGCACAGCUGGCCUGCCACCGUCCAACAGCUCGGGCCUAGAUGAUGGAGUGGAGCUGAGGGGGAACAUGAUGGAGCUGCUCAGGAGGUCUGUUCUCUACGUCGAGCCUGUAGACCCCGUCUACUGGUGUGGAGCGCUGCGUAAAUGUGAGGGCAGGAUCCUCCCCUGUCUCAGGAACCAUCUGUUGGUGUUGGGGCUACUGGUGUUCGAGGCGACUGUCCAUCGGCACCAGCUCUAUUUCCGUCUCCAUAACGACCUGAAGACCCCGCUUUUCAGCAUCUUCUUCCAGGGCAUCACAAGGCAGCACCUGGAUCACGGCAUCUUACCCUGCAUCAAGUACUUUGUCAACUUCUGCUUCUACAAAUUUGGACUGGAGAUCAGUUUGAUCGUGGCGGUCAAUGUGAUUGGUCAGAGGAUGGAUUUCUAUGCCCUGCUCCACUCCUGUGCCUUAAUUGCUGUUGUGUCACGGCGACGCAGGAAGGCUAUCGGGGAGGUGUGGCCUAAAUACUGCUGCUUUACUGCAGGCCUCAUGGUGCUGCAGUACGUGCUCUGCAUAGGCAUCCCACCUGCUUUCUGUGCUGAUUACCCCUGGAGAACCGCAGUCCAUCCUUUGACCUCUAAUGUUAUUAAGUGGUUUUACCUGCCUGACUUCGCCAUGAGACCGAAUCCUUCAUUCAUAUUCUACGACCACCUCCUGCUGCUCUGCUCGUCUCUGCAGUGGCAGGUGUUUGAGGAGGAGAACCGAGCGGCGGUGCGACUGCUGGCUGGAGACAAUGUUGAGAUCAGCCGCAGUCUGGACCCUUGCUCCUUCAACCAGUUCAUACCUGUUAAUAACUUCCUCCACUGCAGGUGCUACCUCGACAUGGUAAAGGUGUUUGUGUUCAGUUAUUUCUUCUGGUUGGUGCUAUGCCUCAUCUUCAUCACCGGCACCACACGGAUCAACAUCUUCUGUCUGGGCUACCUGGUGGCCUGUUUCUACUUCAUGUUAUUUGGUGGCAGCGUGUUGAUGCAGCCGGUCAAAUACAUCCUACGGCUGUGGGACUGGCUCAUCGGGUACACAUGCUUUGUGAUCACUAUGAAGAACCUGCUGUCUCUCGGUGCUUGUGCCUACCUGGACACUCUGAUGAAGAACAGCUGCUGGUUAAUUCAGGCCUUCAGCAUGUUCUGCACCAUCAAAGGCUAUGACCUCCCUCAUCCUGACGAUGAGUGUGAACUGCCAGAGGGUGAGGCCGGCAUUGUUUGGGAUGCAAUCUGUUUUACAGUCCUCUUGGCCCAGAGGAGGGUCUUCCUCAGCUACUACUUCCUCUAUGUCGUGUCUGAUCUGAAGUCUUCUAAGAUAUUGGCCUCCAGGGGCGCUGAAUUGUUUGAGGCCAAAGUGAAGAAGCUGAUAGCAGCCAGACUGGAGAUGGAGAAGAAAUCUGUGGAGACACUGAAGAAACAGAUGGAGAAGAUCAAAUCUAAGCAGAAGAGUCGACCUGCAGCAGCAGACACACCAGCUCUUCCUGCUGAUCAGGAGCAGGUGACACUGGCUGAUGAUGAGAAGGCGAAGAAAGAUGCAGGAAAAUGGUGGAAGCCCUGGGUGUCUCAGCCUGGAGUUGAAAACAACUGUGGCUACCACCUGUUUGAGAGUGACAGUGAAGAGGAAGAGGAAGAAGUAACAGAGAAAAAAGAAGAGGAGAAACCAACGAAGAAGAAAUCUGCCUUUCAGUUGGCCUACAACGCCUGGGUCACCAGCUCGAAGACGGCUCUGAAGGACCUGAAGAAGGAGAAGAAAAAAAUAAAGAAAGAGGAGAAGAAGAGAGAAAAGAGAGAACUGCGGAGACAGCAAGGCAUUGACAGAGCGGACUCUAGUGAGGAUGAACUAGAUGAAAGCAUUUUGGAGGAGGAGGGAGAAGAGGAAAAAGAAAACAUUUUGCAGCGCAUCAUUAGCAUCUUGAAGUUCAGCCUGGUGUUUGUUCAGGCUCUUCUUGACGACGUGACGGAGGGUCUGAACUCCUUCUGUAAAGACAGCCUGGACAUUUCCAAGGUGCUUUGCUUUGAGCGAGCUUUACUCAACCAGCAGCAAAAGAAGGGCAAAGAGGUGAGCCAGGAGAGUGUGAAGCAGUUUUAUGAAAACUGGAAGUCCCGUCAGAACACACUUUCAUCUCAAGAUGACCUCGAUGACCCACUGGCAACGCCCUCCUCCCCGCCUGCAGUCCCCUCCUCACGCUACGCUUAUGCCAAGCUUAAGAACCAAGCCUCCAAAGUGUCCUGGGGCAGCAGCAUUUCCAGCUGUAUGACAGAUGAGACGAUGCUUGGCUCCCGGCAGCCGACUCAAGAGGAGCUGGAAGAGCCUCCAAUUGUGCCACCUGCUGCUGACCAGCUCAGACGGAGGCUCCUAAGAACAGCCAACAUUGAUAUGACUUCUGUUGAGACUGAUGAACUUUCACCAAGCUCAGAGGAUGGCCACCCUCUAAAGGAAGACCAUGAACAAGAAGAGCAUCAGGAGGAAGACGUGGAGGGUGAGAUGAAAUGUGAGCAAGAAAUAGAAGAAACAGAGGAAGAGGAGAAGGAGGAACCACAGGAGGAAGAUCAUGUGGUUGAAGAAGAAGAGCUGAAUGAGAGAACAGAGCUGAGAGAAGAAGAUGAAUUUGCCGAUUAUUCAGAAAGCAUUUCGUUGGGCUUCAGGGAGAGUGAUGGAGAGAAAAGCCUUGACCUGGCAGAGACUCCCAGACCUCUGAGUCAGGAAACCAGGAACCUCACUGCCAGUGAGCUGCUGCUUAACAACAUGUUUGAAAAUGAUGAGAUCUCAGGGUCCGACAAGUUUUUCGGGUUGUUGCCGAGGCCUCUGAAGCUGGUGUUCGCCCUCUAUAACACCAUGGUGUCCAAGUCAGAGAUGCUGUGCUUCUUCGUCAUCAUCCUCAACCACAUUGUGUCAGCUUCAUUCCUCUCCCUCAUCCUGCCCAUUCUCAUCUUCCUCUGGGCCAUGCUCUCCGUGCCCCGGCCAAGCAAACGCUUCUGGAUGACCGCCAUUAUCUACACAGAGCUGACUGUUGUGGUGAAGUACUUUUUCCAAUUUGGAUUCUUCCCCUGGACCACCUCUGCCUACCGAGGCAUCAACGCUGAACGGCCCUUCGCUCUGCCCAACAUCAUUGGUGUAGAGAAGAAAGACGGCUACGUCCUCUUUGACCUCAUCCAGCUGCUUGCUCUGUUCUUCCACCGGUCUAUUCUUAAGUGUCACGGGCUGUGGGACAACAAAGAGGUAGAGAUGCCUGAUUUUUUCAAGAAGAUGAAGAGGAAGGUGGACAAAAAGAAGAUGACAGGAGACAAGAUGGGCAACAACGAGAAAUCUCACCGCCGGCUGAAGUUCCUGCCUCUGCAGGCUUCGACCACAUCAUUAUUCUUUAGACGAAAGAAAGGCGAAUCACCAGAAACUAAUGAGGUGAAGCCCAAGAAGCAGCAAAGCAAGAAGAAGAGACAGCACCACGCCAAGGCUCCGCUGACCAGGAAGCAGAGGAUCAGACAGCAGAUCAGAGAGAGGAUGCUGCAGGCCAAAGCUGCCAUUAUAGAAGUUGCCCUUCACAUUUAUUUACCAAUAAGACAGUUUUUCUACGACAUAAUCCACCCAGAGUACAGUCCCGUUUGUGACGUCUACGCCCUCAUGUUUCUCGUGGAUGUAGUCAACUUCAUCAUCACCAUCUAUGGAUACUGGGCUUUUGGGAAAUACUCUGCAGCGGCCGAUAUCACAGAGUCUCUGUCAGAGGAUCAGGUUCCAGAGGCCUUCCUGGUCAUGCUGCUCAUGCAGUUCGGCACCAUGAUAGUGGACCGGGCCCUCUACCUGCAGAAGUCCCUGUUGGGAAAGUGUGUUUUCCAGGUGGUGCUGGUAUUCGGCAUACACUUCUGGAUGUUCUUCAUCCUCCCUGGGGUCACAGAGAGGAGGUUCAACAAAAACCACAUUGCUCAACUCUGGUACUUUGUAAAGUGUAUCUACUUUGGCCUGUCUGCCUAUCAGAUCAAAUGUGGCUACCCAAACCGCAUUCUGGGCAACUUUCUCACCAAGAACUACAACUACCUGAACCUCUUCCUCUUCCAAGGGUUUCGUUUGGUUCCCUUCCUGACAGAGUUGAGGGCGGUCAUGGAUUGGGUUUGGACCGACACCACUCUUUCUCUCUCCAGCUGGAUUUGUGUUGAAGACAUCUAUGCUAACAUAUUUAUCCUCAAGUGCUGGAAGGAGUCAGAGAAAAAAUACCCCCACCCUCCAGGGCAGAAGAAGAAGAAGGUGGUGAAAUACGGGAUGGGAGGAUUCAUCAUCUUCGCUCUCAUCAGCAUCAUCUGGUUCCCACUCCUCUUCAUGUCACUGGUCCAGUCAGCAGCCGGAGUGACCAAUCAGCCGGUGGACGUUUCCAUCCAGCUCAGCAUUGCAGGAUAUGAGCCUCUGUUCACCAUGAGCGCACAGGAGCAGAACCUGGUUCCAUACACAGAAACUGCAUUUAACCGACUCACCAAAGUCUACGCGACCCAUCCAUCUGCUAUGCAGUUCAUAAUGAACUACCUCGUGGAGGACAUUGUUGUUGCUAAGAUUAAGAGUGAUGCCAGUCUGCUGUGGAGCAUCAGCCCUGCCAGUCGAGAGGCCAUGAUACUGGAGCUCAGCAACUCCUCUUAUAUUUACAUGACCUUACGCUGGACGCUGCUCAGGAAUGCGUCCAUAUCAAUGAAUGUAGAGACGGUGGGAGAACACACUGUGAAGUUUGAGGACAAGGCCUUGAGGGAAGGGAUAGUUCGCAUGCUCAAAGGCAACAGCAGCAAACCUGUGAUCAUUCAUUCUCUGUUGCCAAAGUUCCUCAGGGGUCCCAAAGGGCCAGAGUCCAAAAUGGCAACCAGGAUGAAAGUAGAGAACUCGGACCGCCCAGACCUCCAGGCUCUGGCUUUCUUCAGGCCCAUGUCAAUCAAACUUCAGAGGGUCACUGGCGUGUCAGAGGAAGAGCCAGACCAGUGGUGGGUGGUGGAGGAGUGCUCCCCAGUUCUCACCUCCCCCAACAAGUGUCACAGCAUAGAGAUAGUGGUGUUCAAUGAUAAAGUCAGCCCCGCCAGUCUGGGCUUUCUGGCUGGUCACGGCAUCGUAGGCCUGUACAUGUCAGUGGUGCUCGUCAUCGGAAAAUUUGUCAGGGAGUUCUUCAACGGCAUCUCCAGGUCCAUCAUGUUUGAGGAGCUACCGUGUGUGGACCGAGUCCUGAAGCUCUGCACAGACAUUUUCGUGGUCCGGGAGACAGGAGAGAUGGAGCUGGAGGAGACAAUGUUUGAGAAACUCAUCUUCCUCUACCGAUCACCGGAGACCAUGAUCAAGAUGACCAGAGAGAAGAAAGACAGCUAGGGUUUAGUGUGUUCAUACCGGACGUCGAGGAUGAAGCGCUACCUGUGGAUGUGUCCACACUGAACUCACAUCACUCCAAACAGAUGUAUUAGAGCAAAUAAAAUUGGGUUCAUUAUAUUUUUAAUUCAACAUAAGUGCAGUUAAAUUGGGUUUGUGGCUAAUUGAGCAGCAGGGGGAACUAAAAUAAUAAUCCAGCUGUAAUUAAGAAUCUUGCUGAAGUGCCCCUGAGCAAGAUUUUAAGUCCUUCUCUGACUAUGCUACUAAUCUUUACCUUUGACAAUCAUGGAGAAUUUUUCCUAAAGCAGAUCAGUGCUUAUAUAAACAUGGA